CAGUGGUCGGUACGAAAAGCUUCAGCAGCGACAACAGCAGCAGUAGCUCCCACUGUGGACGGAGGGCGACGGGAGAAACAACAACACCACCCAGCUAGCAGUGAAACGCCAAAGAGGCUUUGUCAGAAACGACGUCGGUGCCAUUUUUGUCACUCUGUUGUCCGAGAGUUACGGGCGAGGAGGCCAGCCACGGCGGCGGACUCUGUGAAAUGCAGCGCUGGACUUUCUCCUCGCAGAGUUAUUUAGCUUACGACAGUAGAGGCUAGCCGUGCUGUGAUUUAUGCUAACCAUGGUGCUACCGUUAGCUGGAUGGCGAUACUGCUGGAGUCAUAACAAGUUGACAUUUUGGGAGCACUAAGAUACUAGUCUAAAGGAGAGUUUGGUUGUUUUGUCACUGACAUCCCUGUCCUGACAGCCCUCUCCAUCCUUUGACUCGAUAUUGUCUUGCGCUUGGGGCAAAAACACGGAGAAUGGCGAGUGUUUCAGGCAGAAACGACAAAAGUGGCACUUCCAAGCCAUUGGACUGGCGAUGUGUCCAGCUGGUGUACCCAAGAUAAACGUGAAGCGGUACUGUUUAGGUGAUGGCUAAGGAGAGUGACGGAUUUCAUCGUUAUGUGUCACUUCAGAGUUGCAUAACAAUGUGUUACAACUGCUGAAGCAAUCUCAACGAUAAUUCUUCUGUUGAGCCUCAACAAACACGUUUCUCGACAUGGACUUGCUCUGGAUGUAAAGACUGUUCUGAAAUCUCAACCAUCACAGCUGUCUCCAGGUCAGGCAGUUCACCUGAGCCCCAGCGCUCACCUGAGGGCCAACAAUGUCAAUGUCGGGGUCCUCGAGCAUGCACAUUUUCACCAAGCUUGUGAAGCAUGCGGUGGGUAAGGCACAGAUCCAGCUGAACCGCUGGCUGCAGAGGACUGCCACAGAUGAGUGUGACAAAAUCGACAUCCUGAUAUGCAGCGCUUUUGAUGAGACAGGGGCUGGCAUUGGGAAGUCAGACGGGGACCCUGAGGUCAUCAGUGCCGCAGGGGGAACAACCUUCAGCAACAGCAGCGCAGAGUUCAGGCACCCAUGCUGUAUCACCACCUUCUGCUUCAAGAGCGCUCUGCUGGCAUGCAUCCUGACUGCUGUGUGCUUCUCCUCGGUCGCCCUGGUGCGUCAGUACCUCAAGGACCUGCUGCUCUGGGUGGAGAGCUUGGACAGCUUUGUGGGAGCCAUGCUGUUUAUAGUCGGUUUGAUUAUCGUGUCGUUCCCGUGUGGAUGGGGUUAUAUUGUGCUUAAUGUGGCAGCUGGAUACCUUUACGGCUUUGUGCUGGGGAUGGGACUAGUUAUGGUGGGAGUUUUAAUAGGGACCUUUGUGGCACAUCUAGUGUGCAAACGACUAUUGACAGACUGGGUGCUGAACAAAGUUGGCAACAGCGAACAGCUCAGUGCUGUCAUCCGAGUGGUGGAGGGAGGAAGUGGACUCAAAGUUGUGGCCUUAGCAAGACUCACUCCCAUACCAUUUGGGCUCCAAAACGCAGUUUUCUCGAUCACAGACGUGUCCUUGCCAAACUACCUGGUGGCCUCCUCUGUGGGUCUGUUGCCCACACAGCUCCUCAACUCUUACCUGGGCACGACGCUUCGCACCAUGGAGGACGUCAUCGCUGAGCAGAGCGUCAGUGGCUACUUUGUGUUCAGCCUGCAGAUCGUCAUCAGCAUCGGCCUGAUGUUCUACGUCGUGCAUCGUGCUCAGGUUGAGCUCAACGCAGCCAUCGCCGCCUGCCAGAUGGAGCUGAAGUCAUCACACAUGAACGGCUCCUCCACCAAUCACAGCGGCUUCACCUACUGCAGCAAGAGGGCGACGGCAGGCGCUGGAAACUGCAUCAAUGUAGUGUGACGGCAAACUGACACACGAGGCAGCAGUUUGUACGACCUGGUCACCGACUUGUAAAAACUGCUGAGCUAAAGGGAACUGCGCUGUGAAAAGACAAUGUUAUGAGAAAGCGUACAUGUUUGGUUGGUUUGAUGCUCAGAAGUGUGGGACCAUGCACCUUUGAAGAUAUGGUGCAGAUAGAAAUGGUUUAUGGUACUUCAUGUAGGGAGUCUUUUUUUGUUUUUUUUUUUAGUUUUUUUAAAUUGUGUUCCUCAAGGUACUUAACCUUUACUCUGUUACAGGAGAUGUCAAUGAAAUGAUAUUAAGAAAUAUCAGAGGUGGCCUGAGCUAGCUGCCUGCUAACACUAUGAAUGUUCAAUCUGGAGCUUUUCUAGAGAACCAAGGAACCAUAUUUCCAUUUCAGUGUCAAAGAAUGCCAGCCUAUGCACCUUUCUUCCACUCUACAUCCAUUGUUUCUUUGCUUUUAUUAUCUGUCAAGGUCUAGUGCUAAUUGACAUCAUCAAUAAUAAGGGCAUUAGUAAUAUUUUUACAUUUGUGGCUGUCUGGUCGGUUUUUUUGUUUAAGUGUCUGAUAUUUGGACUGAAAGAGAGAUUCUCACUGAGCAUCUCAGACCGUUUGAUUUCUGCUGUCAUACGAUCAUCUCAGCAGAUUGAGCCACGUCUGCCCAGAGUUCAUUUUAGCACUUCUGCAGUUUUGGUAAGAGCAGCUGGGGAGGAGAGCAUAUUUCACAGCAGGAAACUCAGGAAUGUUUCUGCCAGAAAAGUUGAAAGUUGCAGCUUGAUCAGUUCCUCAGCAGCACAGCCAUGUGUUCUGCUACAGAGAUUCCCACACUGAACAAACCCUGAGACAUCAAGCUUUCCUGUAAAUGUUUCUAACUCAUUUUGAUUUGAUUUAACAUUUGUUUUUGUUUAACAUUUUAGCUGUGAGAGGAUCUAUUAAUGUUAUUAAGUAGUUUGGGGUUAAGAUCAUAGUUUUGACAAUUCUGUGCAAUAUGAAGAACGGUGACAAAAUGGCAUGAAUGUCAUAUUUCAGUGCUGAAACCAAACUAAUCAGAAAUGCAUACAGAUAACACAAUCUGUGUUUAUUUAAGGUUCUACUUACUUUAUAGAGCUAGAGAGCUAGAUGGGAUAGAGAGGCUGUUAUUUUUUUAUGUGCCAUAAUUUGAUAAACAGACGCCAUGACACUGGCCCCACCUGAGCUGAGGCUACAUGUGACUUACUUGUUUUAUGACUUAAUGUUGUUUUUGAUAAUAGAAAUUAUCUGUGAAUAAUUCCUUCUUGUUUAAGCUCUUAUAAACCAACAAAGCUCUCCUACUUAUAGGUUCUUUUGCACAGUCCACUAUGACAGAUUAUUUUCAUACAGAUGCAAAACAAGGACGGGGGUUUGGUUGGUCGAAGGUUGAACCUGUUGUGUCUCAGAAGCCGACAAUCAAACACAACAAGGACACUAGGUGAUGAAUGUGAUAAUACUUUUUAUUUUUACAUGAAUUAUUGUGAUGCUGCUCCUCAGACAACGUCUGAUUGAGGAAUAAUAAGGGCUCCUAUAUGAAAUAUCCACCUUUAUAUCCCUGUUUUUUUUUUUAACUAAUGCCUGUUAUAUAACGCUGACACAACUUUUUUUGUUGUCAUCAAAGCCAGAUUAAAUGUUCCCCCGAACACAUUCCAUGCUGUCAGUCCUCUAAAUCACCGUCAAGUUAGUCUAAUGUUGGUCAAAAGGGCCCUUUCCUGUCUGAAUUUAGCAAUAAUGUUUGAAAGCAAAAACAACAUGAUGAAAGUCCUAACAGUUAGAGCUUUGCCCCAUUGUUUACUUCCACUGUAAAAGAUCUGUAUAAUUUUCUUUAAAAGUAAACAAAAACUACAUUCAA